AUGGUGGCAUCCUAUGAGCUAUACGAUGAUGAGGCCUGGGGUCGUGGCGAGGCCAUAUUUGACGCCCUGCGAGGUACAAUCUUCAAUCAAGACCUCUACUACGAAAUUGCAAGGUUCGUCACAAAACACCGAAAGGGUGGCAGGCCGACCAAAUUUCACCCUCCGAAGCUGGGAGGAUUCAAUUUCCACUACCGCAUAGAGUAUUCUGAUGGCGACUCUGCCAUCAUCCGCUUCCCCUUGCCGGGUUACUUCCAGAUAGCCGAGGAGAAACUCCGUGCUGAGGUUGCUGCGAUGCGAUAUAUCGCCGAUCACACCACGAUACCCGUACCGUUUGUCCUCCACUAUGGCAUGACAGACGAAAGCCCGGGGCGGCUCGGGCCCUUUAUAAUAAUGGAGUACAUUGACAACGCUGGUGACAUGGUCGAUGUGCUGAGGGCAGCAGGGCACACGCCUGGGGAGAAGCCAGUCCUGGAUCCGGACAUAGACGAAGAGAAACUGGAACACAUAUACGGCCAGAUACCGAUAUCAUGCUUCAAUUGGCCUCACGCCAUAUGUCGGCCGCUUUCAUUCAACAUGGCCCAGCUCGGAGAGGUCGGGGGUACCCCUUUCUUCGAGUUUCCCGACACAUCCAAGACCUUCUCCACCUCGUCAGAGUAUUAUUCUGCUUUAGCCGACAUGCAUCUACAGCAACUCUCUUAUCAGCGGAACCAGGCCGUCAAGUCAGCGGACGACUGCCGCAAGAAGUACAUCGCCAGGCAAUGCUUCCGCAAGGCAGCUGCCAACCAUCGGAUGGCUUCACCAGACACGGACGCCGGUCCUUUUAAGCUUUGGUGCGACGACUUUCGGCCGGCCAACAUUCUCGUUGACGCAGCCCAUCAAAUUGUAGGCGUGAUCGACUGGGAGUUUACCUACGCCGCCCCUGCCGAGUUUGCGUACUCGCCACCGUGGUGGCUUCUCCUCAUCAUGCCCGAAGAGUGGCCAGAGGGGCUGGAUGAUUGGGCGGCCAAGUACGAGCCGCGGUUGAAGACUUUCCUCCGGGCCAUGGAGGCCAAGGAGCGCGAGUUCAUACAGCAAGGCCGACUCGACGAGUCGCAGGUACUGUCCACGCGAAUGCGCCGCAGUUGGGAGACGGACGACUUUUGGGUCGCCUACGCGGCGCGCAAGUCCUGGGCAUUUGAUGGCAUCUUUUGGAGGACCCUCGACAGGCGAUUCUUUGGAGACGACAAAGGCGGGUUCAUGGAAAGGCUGAAGCUUCUGUCGCCAGAACAGGCUGCUGCGAUGGAAGGCUUCGUUGAGCGGAAGCUGAAGGAAAAGCAAGAGUGUACUUUGAUCGACUGGUAUGGCGAGGAGGCCGAGUCGAUGCCCCCGUCGAACAUCCUCGAUGUGGGCUGA